AUGCCUGUGAUGAAGGGAUUAUUAGCACCGCAGAACACCUUUCUGGACACUAUAGCCACACGGUUUGAUGGCACUCACAGCAACUUCAUCCUGGCCAAUGCACAGGUUUCCAAAGGCUUUCCUAUUGUCUACUGCUCCGAUGGCUUCUGUGAGCUUACAGGCUUCUCCCGGGCCGAGGUCAUGCAGAAGAGUUGUGCCUGUAAGUUCCUAUAUGGGCCAGAGACCAGCGAAAGCACCAUCCUCAGCAUCGACGAAGCCCUGGAGGAGCGAAAGGAGUUUAAAGAUGAGAUCACGUUCUACAAAAAGACAGCUGUUCUGUUCUGGUGCCUGCUCGACAUUGUGCCAAUUAAGAAUGAGAAGGGAGACGUGGUGCUCUUUCUGGCUUCAUUUAAGGACACCACUGACACUAAAGCCAAAGCCAUCCUAGGGGACAAGAAGGAAGAGCGACGGCGCGGCAGGGUGAAAACAGGAUCUGCAUUCAGCUCGGCUCGUAUGCGGGGAAACACGGUGCUCUACCACAUCUCUGGUCACCUCCACAGCAGAGAGAAGGGCAAGAUUAAACUCAACAAGAACGUGUUUGGGGACCCGCCGGCCCUGCCAGAGUACAAGGUAGCAGAGGCCAAGAAGUCCAAAUUCAUCUUACUUCACUACAGCACGCUCAAAGCUGCUUGGGAUUGGCUGAUUUUACUGGCCACGUUCUACGUUGCUGUGACGGUGCCGUACAACGUGUGCUUCAUCGGGGACGACGACGACCUGACCCGCAGCACGACUGUCAGCGACAUCGCCGUGGAGAUACUCUUCAUCAUAGACAUUGUUUGUAAUUUUCGCACGAGUUACGUCAGCAAGUCGGGCCAGGUGAUCUUUGACGCUCGGCAGAUCUGCAUCCAUUACCUGACCACAUGGUUCAUCAUCGACCUGGUGGCCGCGUUGCCCUUUGACCUGCUCUAUGCCUUCAAAGUCAGCGUGGUGUCCGUGGUCCACCUGUUGAAAACUGUGCGUCUGCUCCGUUUGCUGCGGCUGCUCCAGAAGAUGGACCGCUACUCGCAGCACAGCACGGUGGUGCUCACGUUGCUCAUGUCCAUGUUCGCCCUGUUAGCCCACUGGAUGGCCUGCAUCUGGUACAUCAUCGGCAAGAUGGAGAUGGAGGCCAACGCAUACAGCUGGGAUAUAGGAUGGCUCCAUGAGUUGGGGAAGCGUCUGGAGUCUCCGUACUAUGCCAUAGGAGUUGUGAACGGGACCAGCAACGGCCCCGCCAUCCGCAGCGUCUACAUCGCCUCGCUCUACUUCACCCUCAGCAGCCUGACCAGCGUGGGCUUUGGCAACGUGUCGGCCAACACCGACAUCGAGAAGAUCUUCUCUAUUUGCGUCAUGCUUAUAGGAGCACUGAUGCAUGCAUUGGUCUUUGGUAAUGUGACGGCCAUUAUCCAGAGGAUAUACUCUCGCUGGUCCCAGUACCACACCAGAACCAAAGACCUCAAGGACUUCAUACGUGUCCAUCACCUGCCGCAGACCCUGAAGCAGCGAAUGCUGGAGUAUUUUCAGACCACCUGGUCAGUCAACAACGGCAUCGACUGCAACGAGCUGCUGAAGGACUUCCCGGACGAGCUGCGCUCCGACAUCACCAUGCACCUUAACAAGGAGAUCCUGGAGCUGUCGCUGUUCGCCUCGGCCAGUCGCGGCUGCCUUCGCUCCUUGUCACUCCACAUCAAGACUUCCUUCUGCGCUCCUGGAGAGUACCUCCUCCGUCAGGGGGACGCUCUCCAAGCCAUCUUCUUCGUCUGCUCCGGGUCCAUGGAGGUGCUGAAAGACGGCAUGGUGCUGGCCAUCCUGGGUAAAGGCGACCUGAUCGGGGCGAACCUGUCCUUAGAUGACCGAGUGAUAAAAACCAACGCAGACGUGAAAGCUCUGACCUACUGUGACCUGCAGUGUGUGAACCUGAAGGGGCUGUACGAGGUGUUGGACCUCUACCCUGAAUACUCACACAACUUCGUCCAGGACAUCCAGCAGGACCUCACAUACAAUCUGAGGGAGGGGCAGGAGACACACGUUAAGGCCAGACUGACCACAACAACUCUGGAUACUCAGACUGUGCUGAAAAGGAACGGACGAGUGGUUCAGGGCUUUCUGCCCAUCAUAGAGGCACAGGAGGAACAUGAGGAAGAUGAGGAGGUGGAGGAGGAAGACAAAGCCCUCUCUGUGUCAUCGGAGCGAAACCAGGCGGUGAACCUCGGGGACACGGGAGGGAAGACUUUGCUGAGCCGAUCCAGCCAGAAAACCACCGAGCAGCCCAGGAGGUCCCAGAGGAUCCAGGGAAUAACUCUCACCACUUUAGACCCAUCCAGCCUCGGCCCCAGGAUAGUGGAUGGCACUGAAGACAGUGAGGGGACGAAGGGUUCCCUGGUUUUCCCUUUCUCUACCGGGCGGGGUUGUCCUGUCAGUGAGCCAACCGGUGCUCCAGCAUCUGCCACAGAUAUUCUGCAGAUCAGCACGGCAGAGUUAGCAGCUAAAGCAGAGGAGACGAGAGGACAACUGCAACACCUAGACCAGCAGGUGAGCAGCCUGGGGAGGGAAGUGUCCGACCUUGGACAAGUCAUGAGGAGAAUGGCCCAACUAAUGGAGACCCUCAUGACCUCAGCCCCUCAGCCUGCGGUGGUCUGCCCCGCACACUGUUCCCCUGCUCACCUCACAUAUCUGCACCACCCGCAGGCUUACCCUCCACCGUCCCCUGCUCACACUGCCACCAUCUGGACGGACACGCCCAUGUCGUUGCCCUCUUCUCCUUACACUGCCCCUCAGCACCAUGGUGCCAUGUGCCAGGCGGACCCCCUCAUCUAUAGACAACAGGACCUCCAGCUUGGGUACCCUGCUAUCCCCGGCUCAACUCCACCUUUAAUUUGUGACUCGCCUUCUCUUCUCAUCGCAGAGCCUCAUUCGCUGUCCUCACCCCUCAGCUCUCCUGAGGUUUCCCCCCACAAAGACGGCGUUUCUGUCUCCUUCAGGUCGAUUCUAGACGGCCCACCUGCACAACAUGAGGGAGAUGAGGACCCUCACCAGAGCUGUUCUCAAACAGGACUUGGUGUUACCUACCACCAGCCAACUAAGGGUUUGUAG